GUUACAGGUAGCAAAGUUUAUACUGCGAGUCAUAAGACGUAUACAGCUAUAGGAUCACUCUGGACCCAAAAACCUUCUGCAGAAGUUGCCCAGGAAAAAGAUACUCAGGAAGCUUCACGAGUCAGUCAUAGCCUCCCAAAAGCUCAGGAGGCUUCUGUAAAAUCGGAGGACAAGGCAGAAACUUCAGAGAAACUGACCCAGAGAGAGAGGUCAGACGUGCACAAAGAUUAUGAGACUUUGGUGGGCGAAACGAAGGCGCCAAAUGUCAGGACAGAUGUAUUGAAGGUGCCCAAGUUCAAAACAGAUGCCAGCCUCAUGGACUAUGGGCAGGCCAGCCCAGAAGAUGCAGAUCUGUAUAGCAAGAGAAGCUAAUAACCUCCAGUUUUCCUCACGGGACUUUGAAAACAGGUGUGGAAGCCCUGUGCAAUUUGCUCGCGGUCUGCAUGGUGAUAACGAAGUCAGGUAGCUUCUUAACUCUCCUUCUCUUGCCAAUCUUCCCGUGCAAUCCUUAAAAUCUUUUUCUACUCGUUAGUGCCACUUCGUAUUUUCAACUGGUUGAAAGUAUAAUUGGCUUCUGGGUGUAAAAAAAAGCCAAGAAGCUUCUCAAGAGAUCCUUGCUGCCAAAUUAGUGAAUAGUGUAAAUAACAAAGGAUACCACGCUGCUUCUAAUAAAAAAAACCUGCAAUAAUAAUAAUAAGAGAAUUUAAA